CGAGCAGCCCCUAUGUUUUGUUGGUGCUUGACCAAAUGGUGGCAGCGAGUCAACAAAUCUUGUUGAUGUACGACAUCAGACAAGAUGCACGCGUCGAUGCAGCGGUUCUUCAGGCGGGAAGCUUUGACCGGAACCGAACUGGGCAGACCCGUAGAAAGAAAUCACAUUGCGAAUGUGGGGAGAAAAGAUUUCUCUCUCGUAAGUAUACCUUUCGAGGGCCAAAUUUUGUCCAGAAACUGGCGAUGGCCCAUCUCCGGGGUUUUUUUUUUUUGACCUCAAUCCUGGCGUAACUGUCCGGCC